GAGCCGAUCAUCCCGCCGCGCCACCACCACCGCUCCCGCCCCCACCGUAGCGCCACACUCGCGACGAACUCCCAUUGGCCCAGACUGCGUGGCGCUGGAUUGUCGUCAUUUCAAAGCAUCGCUCGGUUUCUCGAGUUUGGAGACUAAAAAUCAGUUGAAUCGCUAGAUCGAAGACAUUUGAUUCGAUGCUGGAUUUGCUGCUAAUUGAAAGAAAAAAUCAUUACUAAAUUUAACGGCAUUCGGGGUAGUCGAAAAGCAUCGUCCGCUUUGUAAUCUACGCGCAGAAGCUUCGGCCAAUGAGCGACGAGAGCCGUACUGCGGCGGCUCACCGCAUUAGUUAGCCGGCAGCCGCAGCGAAAUUUCAAGUCGAGACGCGAAUUCAGUCGUGCAGCUCAGCUCAGAUUCAAUUGUGGAUAAGUGAAGAAAACACGUGCCGCAUGCAUAGGAUCCCUGCUCAAUGUGACCUCUUUCACGAAACUGUAAAACAAAGUAUAUGUUUACAUCAGAGAAAGUUUUUAGAGUUGACAUUGUAUGUUUGUAAGAGAGCUGCGAAAGAUCUUAGUUUGCAUUGUUCGGAACGGGCUGGGCUAGUGUAUUUAUAAGUAUAGAUAUACGCCCCUACCUAUAUAGAGGCCUUCUUUGUGCUGAGCUUGUGUAUAGACAAAAAGCUAUUGCUGCUGCUGCUGUAUUUAAACGGUGAUAUUUAACUUCGCAAGUUAAGAUAAACGAUUGUUUACAAUGGCGCCAAGUUUGGCAACACUAGAAGAUAUAAAGAGUGAUAUAAGAUGUUUGUUAAUCUCGAGAAACAGUAACAAUAUAACACUGGAAAAAUUAAAUAAAAUGUAUAAAGAUGUCGUUGAUAAAGACAUUCCUUACAAAGAUUUUUACUUUACAAGCUUGGAAAAAUUCUUGAAAAGCAUGCCGGAUGUGCUGAAUCUCAGGUUAAAUCAAGCAAAUGAACUAUGUGCUUAUCACAUUGAUACUGAAAAGUCACAGCAUAUCAGUUCUUUGGUAGCCAGAGAAAAGCCAGAAGCAGAUUCAAGUUUAAAGUCAAAGUUUAAAGUGUACCAUGCUAAUCCUAUUGAUCCUCGUAUAUUAAGUGAAGUUUUGCAAGAACUGAAAAAUUAUACAUUGCAUGAGAAAAAAAAAAAUUGUAUACUUAAAACUGAUGUUUUAUCUGCGGUUGUGAAGCACGUAGGCAGAUAUGCAUUUUAUACAAUCAAAGAUUUAAAUAGUCAGUUAAAUGAAUGUACCCAUCUAUUGACUCAUGACGAUAAUUACAUUCAUUUUAAAGAUAACACCCCAGCAAGCAAUAAUGUCAUUAGUUUGAAAAAUAUGCAAACUAAAAAUGUUGGUUCAAAAUUAAAAGACUUUAGUAAUCAAAUGACAAAAAUAGUGGACUUGAGUUCAGUAGGUAACUUAAUCAAAGAAAGUACCAAGAUUCGAUUAAGAAAAUUAAUUGAAAAACAUGUGGAAGGUAUUUGGUGCUCAGAGUUGCCACAAAUUUAUCAACGAGAAUAUGGCAUAUCACUGGAAUACAGUGAUUUAGGCUUUAAUAGUAUUGUAGACUUUGCAAGUGCAUUGCCAGAUAUUUUUCAAAUAGUAAAGCCAUUAAAUAGUAAAAGGCUUAUGGUUUUGAAUUCAAAAAUAUGCGAAGGUAUUUCUGAAAAUCAUAAUGCUUCAACUUCGAUCUUUAACAAAUGUGUUGAAGAGACACCAUAUGAAUCCGGGAUCAUUUCUACUCGAAUGUUGGAUAAAUAUUAUAAAGCGCUAAUUCCGGAUGAUGUGAUGGCAUUCAAUGAUUCAGUGGAUCAGAUAAGAGUCAAUGAAUUGUUAAUGAAUCCAAUAGAAAAUAGUUAUCAUGUGCUUAUUUCGGAAGUCCAUAAUCCAUCUUUCUUCUGGGUGACGCUAUGUAAAAAUAAGAAAAAGAUUUCUUGUCUAAUAAAUAAAUUGCAAAAAUUUUAUGCACAAGAAAAUCAUAAUUAUAAAAUACCACAUGAUAUAUUAAAACCUGGAUUGAAUGUAACCUGUAUUUUUGCAGAAGCAUGGCAUAGAGGAAUAAUCAAAAAGUUCAAAUCUGAUGGAUUAGUAGUUGUACAUUUUUAUGAUUAUGGAACAAGCAGUUCUUUUGACCCAGAUCAGUUAUAUUUUUUAAAUAAACAGUUUUCUACUCUACCUGCACAAGCUAUACCUUGCUGUCUAAACAAUGUAAAACCUCUGGGGACAGCGAUGUGGUCUAAGAAAAUCAAUAAAAUAUUUACAGAAAAAGUAUUUGAUAAAUCUUUUUCUGCUCAUAUCAUAAAUACUGAUGACAAGAAUAAUUCUUUGGUGGUAGAUUUAGUAGAUAAAAACAAUGACAUCAAUGAAAGGUACAUCAGUCUAUGGAUGAUCGCAAAUAAACUAGCAGAGCAUGGCAAAUUUAUUUGCCAAAUAAAAAACACAAGUUUUACACAUUAUAAAGAAUGUUGGAAUCAAAAUCCUAACGAGAAGUUAAAUGUCACAUGAACAGACAAAAUAAUACCAAAUAUAUUGUAAAGGAUCUAAACUGGAAAUUGUUUAAGAACAGUAAAAUUAAAAUUAUAAUAUGCACCUAGUCAAACUGAUGUGUAAGUAGAAUACUGCAUUUUUCACAGAUAUGUUGGCAUUUUAUUAGAGUCAAUACUGUGUUACUUAUUAAUCGUUGAAGGCACUUAAUCUGAAAGAUAAUUUUUUGUUAUUGAUACUGUUAGCAAUUAUUCAGUUAUAUUGGUUCAAACUAAAGUUUAUAUCAUUUUGCAAUUUAAUUUUAAUUUUACAUCAAAGAAUAAUCAAAGUGUAAUUUGUAUACUUUAAUUUUAUUGUAUUUUAGAACUAAUAUUCUUCUUGGAUAAAUUAAAGUAUAAGAACAUAUUUAAAUAAUUUCCAAGAAAUAAAUUCAAGUAUAUAGUUUUUAAGGAUGUUCUACUGGUACUGCACUAGUCAAAACAUGUGCCCUUUUGAUUUAUAGUGAGACUGCUGAAAAUGCUACACAGAUAAAUAUAUGCAAUAUAAUGAUUAUAAAAAAUUCUGGGAUUGACAAUUAUUCAUAAAAAGCUCCAUAGCAACGCUGAAUAACAAUUAUUAUUAUUUGAGCUUAAAUGUAUGAUUUUUGUAUUCAAUGAAUUUUUAUUAUACGCAAGAGUCAAUGAAACUUUAUAUUUGUUAUGCAUUAAUGUAAAUCUUCAAUAUGUUUGAAGUAAAUCGAAGCACAGUCAAACUUGCGUUGUAACAAAUUAGUAAAAUUUCUCUAUGAAUUAAAUUAAACAAAAAUAUUGAUAUCUUCACUACUAUCUUGUGUAGCCUUCUGAAAGUUUAUAUUUGUUGGGUGCAGCUAGAGAGAGGGGAUUGCUAUAACGACAUAAGCGCGGUGUCGUUUUAACAAAUGUUUUUAUGGAAGUUGGCAGAAAAACGCCUGUGGUGGUCGCUCGUAACAUUUUUUCCCCGUAAGAUUUAGCAUGGGUUUUGACAGAUUUUGGGGGCGUUCCCCCGUAUAUGUGCACCCAACCAAUAGGUGUUUCUGAUAUACAUAUACCAAACCUUUAUAACAAAUUUUUAUCAAAUCGUUAUUUCAAUUCUGUUAUCAGUAGAAUAUCCUUAAAUUCUUGAUAUAGAGUGCACUAAUUGAUUGAGAAGUUAAGAAAAAGGUAUAUAUUGUAUUAUUUCGUCUAAAUGCUCUAAAUUGAAGACGAAUAUCUUAAAAAUAUUUGUACGUUUAAAGAGAUGUGGAAGCCAAAUCUGUCCAAAUCUGCCACUAGGUAUUUCAUAUUUUAAAUGCCAAUAAAAAACAAAAGUUUGAUUAACUUUUUCGUUUGGUAUAUAAUGAUUCAUUAAACAUGAUAGAAUGGCGCUACACUGUUUAUAUAUAAAUGAAAAUUCAAAUAAUAAAAAGUUUGCUGGUAAAAUUAAGGUAUUACUUAGUUUUAAGAUUAGCGCUGAGUCCGCUGGUCGCGUAAACACCCAUUCGUCAUUAAAAACUUGUUAAGAAACUAA